UGCCAUCGUUUAUACAUCUGGCUCCUAAUGUGUCAUUGGGUAAGAAAGAGACUGAGUAUUGACCCUUAACCGAAUUAUAAAUGAUUUACACUCCAAUGAAACAUAUUUAGAAUUAACUACAAUUACAGGACAUAGGAAAGGGAUUAUCGGGUUAAGAUUACCCGCACCGACGCAGCGUCCCACCCACACACAGAUGAUUCUGAACCAAUUAGUUUUUGACCUUGAGGGGAUAUUUGUAGACAGUGAGGACACUUCGCCAGGUCCUUAGGUCUCCACAGAGGCGUUUAUGUUGGGGUGAGGAGCUCAAGACAGAAAUACGCAAACAAAGGCCUCACAACUCUAUAUAAACAGUGUGUGUGAGUUGGCGUUGGCUGGGUGUGUCCCUGUAAAAGCAGCAGGUACUGCCGCACUCCUCGUCUCUGCCUUUGCUGGGAAGACUUCAACCGUCCGGGAUGGAUCUAUUGCUUCUGUUUCUGCUCUCUUUCAUCGGAGUCUGCGCAGGGCAGGACGUUCUGCCGCCGGGCCCGGUGGACGCAAUUGCGGGCGGAAAUGUGACUUUUACAACGCAGGUUGGAACACCAGACUACAUCGCCAUGGUCUGGAAUUUCGGCAGCGGCCAACACGUUGCUACUGCGUCUUCCCAAGGUGUGAAAGUGAACACCAAGUACGCGGGGAGGGCGCAGAUGGACUCUAAGAACGGCUACCUGACCCUGACAUCCCUGGUGUCCGAGGACAGCGGGAUUUACACUAUCAGCAUAGUAUUAUCUGAUGGCACUACUAACGAUGGGACGAUAGAGCUCCGAGUUCUGAAGCCAGUGUCUGACGCGAUCAUCAAGUCCAACCUGCCUGAGGCCAUUGAACACAACAGCACCGUGGUGCUGAACUGCUCUGCUAAAGGCUCUUUCCUCAAGUUCACCUGGACCAACGGCACCACGCCCAUCGUGGCUGAUGGCAAACGGCUGACACUGGCACAGGAGGGGACAUCCAGUAUGCUGACUAUCACCGAUGUCUUCAGGACAGACCUGCUCGGUCCCAUUUACUGCACAGCUGCGAACAACCUGCAGAUGAACAAGAGCCCCCCCUUCAACCUCACUGUCUACUAUGGACCGGAUGCUGUCACCAUCAGUCCCAUGAUGACUAAGGAGUUCAUCCCAUCCAACGCCAACUUCAACCUGUCCUGUUUGACCACAUCCAGCCCGAACGCCACCUUCAGCUGGUACCACAGCCAGCAGCUGAUAGAGGGGUCGGGCCAGGUCCUCACUCUGGAGGCCAUCAAAGCCGCUGGAUUAGGGAAACAAAAGGAGGAAUACACAUGCAGAGCCCAAAAUGCCAAGACCCAGCGCACCGUCACCUCCUCUGGUGUCUCCUUCUCUGUGAUAGAGGUCAUCUCCGGUGUUAAAGUCACCGGUCCGACCGAUAUCCUCAUCGCCGGCAACAGCUCAGCCAACAUCAGCUGCCAGGCGACAGCAGGCACUGUGCAGACCAUGAUCUGGCUGAAAGACGGCACUGCUCUGGCUCCCAGCUCCCACCGGGUGUUCUCCAACAAUCAGAGCUCCCUGCUGAUCAGCCCGCUGAGCAGAGAGGACGGGGGCGAGUACACAUGUCAGCUGAUCAACCCUGUCAGCAGCGGCAAGGCCUCCUACACCAUGGUGGUCAACUAUGGUCCCGAAGCAGUGAAGGUGAAGAUCGACCGUGAUGUGCCGGAGAAACACGACGUGACGCUCACCUGUUUGGUGCUUUCCUUCCCACCCGCUGCCUUGACUUGGAAGUUUAAUGGCACAGUCACCGGUACCACAACGGACAAGUACGUCAUCAAAGGUGCUGCUGACACAAAAAGUGGGACGUACACAUGUGAGGCGUACAACGCCGUCACCGGCAAGACCACCUCAGAAAACACCACCGUCUCCGUCAAACCCGAGGUGGAUAAUGGACUCUCAGAUGGCGCCAUCGCUGGAAUUGUCAUCGCAGUCAUCGUCGCUAUGUGUGUCGCCAUCGGCUUAAUCCUGUACUGCCGACAGAAAGUACCGGUCGAGUCACCGUACUAAAGACGUCUCUGCCCGCUGCUGGAGGUGUCGACCCAAACAUCUGACCAUUUUGUUUCCAAUGAUCCAUCUGUGCAGCUGAAAGAGCGUCCA